AUGCCGGUCGAAGAGUGUCGCAUUCAAUGCCGGCAUAUCAAGAAUCCUCAAAGCCUGGUCAGAAAUCUCCAAAUAUUCUGCAGCAAAAACAACAUUGAGAUUCAGAGCCUUGAGAUGAGAAACGACGAAUACAUAAUUGGGAUCAGGCGGCUGCCCGCUUUAGUGGAGGGUCAGCAAGGCGCAGCCGGUCAGAAAUAG